CAUUUUCGAACACAUCCUAAGAAGAAGAAGAGAAAUCAGGCAGCGGUACACGAAGUCACUCGUGCCCAGGAAGAAGACAGAGAACUGGCUCAGAAAAAAAGAAGGAAAUAUUAUCGGUGGACAGCGCGCCGAGCAUCCACGUGAAGAAGGUUGUUAAGUCGUUCGGGAUAGCCGGAGACAGGGUCCGAGACACCGACAUGGUCCUGACGCCGAAGGAGUCCGCGAAGCUGGUCGCCGGCUUGGCGAAGCACGUCUUCAUCGAGCAGGCGGGCGUGAAGAGGCUGGCGCUGGCGGUCCUCGACGGCAUGAAAACCGGUAAGAUCCGCGAGGGCAAUUUUUCGUCGGUCAAGAUUCAUCCCAAGUCGGACGACGCCAGGACGGUGGACUGGAUAUUCGUGCUGGACACGCUCAACUUCUCGUUCUGGACUGAGACGGGCGCGAGCAAGUGGCGGGUCAACGGCGAGACCGGCUACUUCGCGUUCUGCGCCGCCGUCAGCCGGGCCAUCGACGAGGGGAAGCCCAUGUGGGAUCCCAGGUAUUACUCGCAGAUCACGCAGUGGGACGCCGAGGUCAUUUUCCGCGGCGACGACAACGUCAACAUUCCGCUUCUGCAAGAGAGAAUCAACGGUCUGCACCAGGCCGGGCGGGUGCUGCUGGACAAGUACAAGGGCACGUUCGCGGAGUGUGUCAAGUCGUGCGAGGGCUCCGCGGAGAAGCUCCUCCGGCUAAUCGUCAGGGAGUUCGACUCGUACCGGGACGAGGCGGAGUACGAGGGGCACAGGAUCAGCAUCUACAAGAGAGCCCAGAUACUGGUCGGCGACAUCUGGGCCUGCUACGAGGGACGCGGGCUCGGCGAGUUCCGCGACAUCGACAGCAUCGCGAUGUUCGCCGACUACCGCAUCCCGCAGGUGCUCGUGCAUUACGGCACCAUGCGCUACAGCGACUCGCUCACGAGCAAGCUCAGGUCCGACGAGCCGUUGGAGCAGGGUGGCAGGGAGGAGGUUGAGAUACGCGCCUGCUCGAUCGAGGCGGUCGAGCGGGUGUGCGAGGAGGUGCGAAGAUUGAUCGCUGCCGACUCUAAGCUGGGCCUGAAUCCGUCGGACAUCAACGCGAUCUUGAUCGACCACUACCUGUGGGACUACCGGAGGGAUCACGCGCAAGAGCUCGAGCACAUUCCGUUCCACAAGACGAGAACGAUAUACUAUUAGGACUGCAAGGACAUCGUCUGUCGAAUGGAAGAGAUCGGGGGGCUCGAUAGAAGAAAAGAUUCAUGAUCGAGCCCCAAAAAGUUACUACAUUCUGAAAACCAAAUUACAUUUCUCUGUUCCUUCUCUGCUAUAUCUUUUUAUAUUGUAUAUAUAAAGCGAGAGAAAAAUGGAAUAAAGUUAUAUCUUUCAGGAUAAA